AUGUUCACAACACAACGCAUCACGAGGACAAAGAACAUGAAGACGCCGACGCAAAGUGUCAAUGUCCGAUAUUUGAUCAGCCCAGAGAUGUCGCCCACCGAUAUUGCCCACCGUUAUUACAGGCGGCUACGCAAAUAUCACUUGGAGAAGAAUGGACAGCUCGCAGACGGACCAUUCAAGACCGCUCAUAUGCAAUACAUUGACGACUGCGACUAUCUGUGGGAACUUGCAGGCUUGCACUUCCACAUAGGCAGCAUUCCAUCGCCGGGCCUCCGACAAAUCUUUGGCUGGGUCCUGAGCACGUUUGUGGUACUUGUCAUGCAGUUCUGCCACGACAAAGCCGCUACGAUGGUCCAGAAGAGAAUGUUGCCAAUCUAUAGAGGCGAUGCUUGGCGUGUUUGGAGGUUCGAGGACGUGCAACCAAUGCCUAGCGCAGCGAUGGCCGAGAGUGACCGCGAAAAGCUGAGGCGCAAUGAAUUGCCAAACUGA